UUUUGCAAUAACAAAUAUGCAUAUACAUUAUUCAUCGAAACUUUCGUAGCUUCGUUUGAUAAGAUAAUGGUGAUUACUGCGUCGGUUGUGUCACGGCAUUAGAUUUAAAUCUGGGUUAACUCGUGUUAAACCACACAAAUGAAAGGAGAAAGGUGGUUGUUGCUGAAAAUGAUCGAUUGAAUUUUAAAGUUCAACUCUCAGUGUUUGGUAUUUUGGGAGUGACUCAUUGCAUGAAGUCAUCAAAGAUUGUUUGAAGUAGUCAAUUUUCGUGUAUCCGACUCUCUAUAAAAAGGAAAAAAGAUGCCCCGGAAUGCAAGAAGUAGAGAUAACAUUCUAGCAGCAAGUAAUUCAAUAGCAGAAGAGAGCAAUAUAGUUGAAGGACGGCCAGAUUGGCUUGAAAAUGAUCUUGUAUGUUUGAGUCAGUCUCCACUGGAGGUGCAGCUAAAAGCUAUCUUGGGCUCAAAUAUUGCUGAUUCAUUCUUGCACCCAACAAUCAAAGAUAAAAAGAAGGUGAAAACAGAUGCAAAGUUUCUUUUGUCAAGAAAUCAAGGUUCGCUAGAUGCACACGAGAUUUGGCAUAGCCUAAGAGCAAAUUCAAAACUAAAACUUUCAAAGGAAGAAAAUGAGCUCUUGAGUCAAAGUUGGCCUCACGAAAGAAAAAACGUUGCUGAAAGCAAAAUUCUCAGGCAAAUCCAAUUUAGCAGACACCGAACUGAUCUGAUGAAUCGUGUAUCACAAAUCAACAAAGUCAAGACGAAAGAAAUGCUGAAAGAUUUCUUUUUGACAUCGUUUGAUGAAGAUUUUUCUGAUAUUGCGAACACCCAAAGGAAGGAAAAUUUAGCUGCUGUAUUACUGCCACUGCAAGACGAGCUAUUCUCAAGAGAUUUGAAGAGAGAGACUCAUACUGUGGCCGAAAAUGGCUCAAGAAUAAAGUUUGUUAGCGAGGAAGACUGCCGCUUCUCAGGAAGCUUUCGUGAAAGAUUGGAAGAUAUUGGUGUGUCCUGCAACAUCGGUAUCUCAAUGGCCGAUAAGGCCUUCAAAAGUAGCAGCAGCAGUUAUUCAAUGCGCAGGAAGCCUGAUUAUAAAACUGAACUUGGAAAUCGGAAAGCAGAAACUUCGUUCAAUGCCAAUGACAAACUGCGCAAUGCUGAUUCACUUGCAACUGAAAAUGGAGUUAUUAACGUCACAAGUCAAACCCGCAAAGAACUAUGGGAACCGCUUACAAUGGAAGCUUUGAUGCUGGAUGGCAGGCAAACAAUCAAUGUUAAUGCGAAAGAUUAAUUAAAAACUUAUUUAAUAUCUUUUUUGUAAACUAUAUGUAUUUCUAUUUGUAAAUAUUUUCAAAAAUAUAUACAAACUACUGCCUUAUUUUGAAAAAUUUAAGAAGACUAAUUUACCUCGUAAGUUAUUGAAAUGAA